AUGCCUUCACAACGACCGUAUUUCCUCUCUUCUUUCCUCGCCGCCUUCCGUCCUCAAGGCCCCUCUAUCUCUACUACCGCUCCCCAUCAACAUCAGCCAAACAAGCACACCCGAGAUGCAACGACCACCACAACUGCCACAGCAACUGCAGCAAACACAACCACCACUGCGACUUCUACGUCACAUCAUCAUCAUCAUCAGUCUCAACAACAACCAACUACUUCCAGUGUCGCCAUCCGUCCGCCCCGAAACACCACUUCAUCAUCACCGUCAACAUCAACAUCUCCCGCCAACGGCACCGCCAUUCCUAUUCCUGGAUCAUCUGGUCGACGUGGAAGUGAUAGCAGCAGUGAAGGGUUCCGUGAUGUGAUAGGCGCCGACAAGUGGUAUAUCGGUGGACGCACACCCGGCGGUGAAGAGAAGUUCUUCAAGCUUGGCGUUAUCCGCCGGGUGAGAAGCAAUGAUGGCUUAAGCUUGGAUCGUCUAAGCUUAUAA